GGCUCCCGGUGCUCGGGGGGUGCUGCCGUGCCUAACUGUGGAGUUUAGCCCUGGGGGGGCAGGAGAGCCCCGCACUGACUCCCCCCGCCAGCCCUGUGGGCGCACAGCGGGGUCAGGGGUGAUGAGAGCAGCCCCAGGCACUGGAUGACCAUAACUAAACAAUGUCUGUCCCACGUGGAGCUGUCCAUGCAAAAUGGAUAGUAGGGAAAGUAAUAGGAACCAAAAUGCAGAAAACUGCCAAAGUGAGAGUGACGAGGCUUGUGCUGGAUCCCUACUUGCUGAAGUUCUUUAACAAAAGAAAAACCUAUUUUGCCCACGAUCCCCUGCAGCAGUGUGUUGUUGGAGACAUUGUUCUGCUGAAAGCUCUGCCCGAGCGAAGGAGCAAACACGUGAAACACGAACUGGCUGAAAUUGUGUUCAAGGUUGGAAAUGUCAUAGAUCCAAUCACAGGGAAACCCUGUGCAGGGACCAGAUUCCUGGAGAAUCUGUCAGAUUCGGAAAACCUGACAGAGGCAGAUACUACCUAUCUAAGUGAAAAACUUCAGGAACUGAAAGUUUGUUCAACAGACAAAUAGCGGGCGAAAUAUUCAAGCAAAGAGCUUCCAGCUUUGCCUCUCUCUGUCAGGGGUGUUUGAGGCCCUGCUGUGGUAUGUUAAAUGUUUCAGUGAAAUCUGUAGUCAAAAUAAAUAGUAAAUGUAGUUGCUUAGGUGAAGAGAUGGUACAGAUUGAUGAGCACUCCAGAGCUUUGAAUGAAAAUGUAGAGGAAAUGUAAGUUUAGUGUUAAACGCUUCAUUUUAUUGCCUGUAGUUUUGCCACAAGCAGUGACAAUUCCCAAAGCCAGCUGCCCUCCUGGAACAACUCUUCUGUGUUGAGAAAGGAAAAUACAACUGUAUAACGUUUCAUUUCGGUGGGAGGGCCAUUAUAUUAUUUGGUUGUUCUGUAUUUCAGACAGUCUUUUGUGGUUUGUAGGAUUACUGGAGAUAAUGCUAUUAAAGCUUUUUGAAAGGAAGUGUAGAAUUUUAAAACCA